AUGAAGAUUGUUGCUUGGAAUGUACGAGGUGCGGGUAAAAAUAGUUGUGCAAGCACUAUCAAGGAUUUAAAAAAAGCUUUUAACAUUGAUAUUCUUGCUGUCUUGGAGCCUAGAAUAAGUGGGCCUAGGGCCCUUACUGUUGCUCAAAACUUGGGUUUCUCUCACUAUCACAUUGUUGAUGCUACUGGUUUUUUUGGGGGUGUUUGGUUACUGUGGAAUGGUAACUCUGUGUCUCUCCAUGUUGUUGCCCAUUCCAGUCAAUCUAUUACUGCUUUAGUGACUUUGGGGAAUCAAUGGUGGCUCCUCACUGUGGUGUAUGCUAAUCCCUGCUCGCGAAUUAGAGAAUCCUUGUGGAAAUACUUUGAUGGCCUUGCUUGUGCCUCCCACUUGCCAUGGCUGGUCCUAGGUGAUUUUAAUGACAUUGCUAGUGCGGGUGAAAAAUGUGGAGGCAACCUGGACCUGGGUGGCAGAAGCUUUGUUGAAUGGAUUGAUCGUAAUCAACUUGUGGACUUGGGUUUCUUUGGUGCUAAAUUUACGUGGUGCAAUAAGAGAAAUGCUGAGGGUAUUAUUUGGAAAAGGCUUGAUAGGGGUCUGUGCAACAUAAAUUGGCGGCUUUUAUUCCCAGAGGCUCAUCUAUCUUAUCUUCCUAGAGUGAACUCUGACCACUGCCUUGUUCUGGUCUCUCUUGAUUCCAACCAUUAUCCUGCCAGAGGUUGUACUCCUUUUAGGUUCCAAGCAAUGUGGAUGUCUCACCCCGAUUUUCCUAAGUUUAUUCAUGCUAAUUGGAGUAUUGGAGAUGGACAUGCUAGUCAAAAAUCUGCUCGCCUCAAGUCCUCUCUUAUUUCUUGGAACCGCCAAGUGUUUGGUUGCUUAUUCCAGAAAAAAAGAAGGCUCCUGACUCGGCUUGCCAGUAUCCAAAGGAAGCUGUGUUGGGGGCACAAUCCCUACCUUUGUGACCUUGAAAAUGAAUUAACCAAGAACUACAAUAUGCUUCUUGAGCAAGAAGCUCUUCUGGUUGCAGAAAUCAAGAAAUACAUGGCUUAA